GGUACUUUUAUUUCUUUAUCACGUCAGAGAGAUCAUUAUACUUUUUUUCUACAUUUCUGUGUUAUAUUUUUUUAGGUACUUAGAUUCAAGCAAUAUAGGUACCUUGACCACCUCCUACUUGCUUAUAUUCCUCUAAUAUUCAUAUCUGCUCUCAAUUGCAACCGCAGUUACUGCUGCUAUUUGUCUAAGCCAAUUUAUGGUCUUUGCUUGCUCUUUUUAAUAGCUCUGAAAAUUUUUGUUCAACCAUGAGUCGUUCCAUGCAAGGCCCAAGAAACAAAGGUGGUCGUGUCCAAAGAAAUAAAGGCCUACCAGUUGCUGCCAAGAAAAUGCUGGUGGAGAAAGCUAAUAAAAUAACAGACAUUCUGGGUCUCUGCAAGGGUCUUGCCGUGGUGCACAACAUAGGAGAUGUCCAAUACAUUGUUGAGCACUCCACAUCUCUCACUGCUGAUCCUGACACCAAGAACUGGCUACUGGAGCUAACAAGAGAAAACAUGAAAGAUUUGUACAUUAGCUCAGGCUGGGGCUGGGAGGACUCUGAGAAAAGUGAUGAGUUGUGGCACAAGGCUGCUCAGUAUCUUAUUGUGCGUGAGAAGAAUUCCAGGGAGCUUGUUGGCUUCACGCACUUCAGAUUUGAUAUGGACUAUGGCUGCCACGUUCUUUACUGUUACGAGCUGCAAGUGACAUCAAGUUUGCAGAGCGGAGGUCUAGGUGCUCUGCUGAUGAAGCUACUGCACAGGAUAGCCUUUGCAGCCAACAUGAGCAAAGUUGUGCUCACUGUCGGAAGGAACAACAAGAGGGCUCUCAAGUUCUACUUCGAACUCGGGUAUCGAGUGGACGAGACUUCGCUGUGCUCGCUCACUGACCCGCAAGUUCCUAGCGAGGAGGACGCUGGAGAACCACCAGUCAAGUCCGACACCUACCUCAUUCUCAGUUUGGCGUGCAGAGAAAAUAAAGAAAAUGAAGGCAAAGAUAAACGUAAACAAAACAGAUAGGAAAUCUCAGCUGCUUUCUUUUGCCAUAGUAUUCUCGAAUAUAAUUAUUUUAUUUUAUAUGUAAGUAGAAAAUUUGAAUCAGUUUGAUCUGCAUCUCACUUAUUCUUAAUUAAAUGCAGAGAGCAGAAAAAAGAAUGGCAGGAAACAAUAGUAUAUAUCUAGAUGAUAAGAAAAAUUUAGGUUCUAACGCGACAUGCUCGUAUAAUUGUAUUUACACCAUAAGCGUACUGAAUUUAAAUGUUCUUAUCGUGUUUUAUCGCUGCUGUUUUAUGUUUAUAAAAGUAAGAAAUAUGGUUUCCAGAAUUUCGUGCCGGAUAAAGGAGUUCUAGAUGUUAACCAAUGACGUAUGUAAGGUACUUGAAAUUCUUUCGUAAAUGUUGUUAUUGCUAAAAUCAUUGAGAGAAAAUCAAAACUAAGAAUUGUGUAAUAUGAAAAGACCUUCUUAUUUAAUUCUUUGAAGAGGCUUUACUUAAUCAUGGGCAAUUUAACUAUCGAUAGCAUCCGCACGAAUGAAAACAAUUUUUCGUUUUGAGUUAGAUAUCCUCUGCGGGAGAAGUUCAAUUCGUUUCUAAUAGCGUAUAAAAAUUUAAUUUUGGUUUAUGAUUAAUUAAAUGUUUUGAAGUGUAGCCCCUUUAAUACCUCAGCGGUGGAAUCAAAGUUCUUUAUUUAACUUCGCCAACUAACUUGACGUUAAAACCUUAAUCGCAUUGUCGGAAUAUUUUCUGAGAAGUAAGAACAUGGAAGGUAUAGACGGAUAAGAUUUUUCUGGCAGUUUCGCUGAAUUUUAACGAUAUUAGCCAACGCGAUACCAGUUUGUUAUGAAUGAAGCUAAGUUGAAUAAACGGUCAUGAUAACAUAAGUCCAAACGAGCGAUUUUACUCCACGCAGCGCAGACAAAUUUCUGCUCUGUUGGACUCAGUCAGCUUGAAUAUUGUAGCCCAUUCAUGAUGAUUACAUUCGUGCUUAA